AGACUUUUCGCCAUCCGAUUAUUGAAAUUACUGCCCCUCGCUGCUGGGAGACAGACAAGGACAGCAAUACAUAGGUAUGUACGCUAUAGGGUUGAGCCACACAUGGAUGACAAGCCCACAUGGCCGGGGUAUCAUCCGUGUUAUCAGAGGUAGGGUUUGAGUGUGAGAUUUGACCUUUUGCGUUGCGAUGCCAAUGCAAUGGAAACACAGGUCCAGAGCGAGCCAACUGCAUGAACCUUAGUUGGUGUUCAGAGACUGGCAAAGACCACACCUCCUUUUUCGUUGUUCAUGAUCCAGAUAUAUCUCCCAUCACGUCUCACCCUCCAAAGGUGAGUAUUUGAGCCCAUCCACUUUAUUCCCAGCCAUCAGUCGUAAGUGACACACCAAACCACCACCUUCACAAUGGCUGUAUCCGUCCAACCCCCCACCCGCGACCGCACCGCCGGCCACCGCACCAAAAAGUCCACGUCCUCCGUCUCCGUCACCCCCGUAUCAGAACCCCAACCCAUCGACCCAUCCAUCAUCAACCGACCCAACGACCUCUCUUCGGUACCCUCCCUCCUCUCCGCCAUCUUUACCCAAGGCAUCGCGGCCGUGACGUCCCCCUCAGAUGACGCCACGCGGCUCGCCCUCCUCUCGUCCGCGCGAGCCCUCGUGCUGGCGCUCGAAAGCCCGCGCGAGACCAUGCUCCGGCAGUGCUGGGCCGACACGGUCUGCAUGGCCACUUUGUCGAUCGGCGUCGACACGGGCGUGUGGGCCUAUCUCGGGCGGGACGACCGACCCAAGCGCGUGGCGGACAUUGCUGCGGCCACGGGGUUUGAGGCGGCAUACCUGGCCCGACUGCUGAAGCACGUGGCUGCCAUGGGCCAUGUGAUUGAGACGGGUAAGGACGAGUAUAAGCCGACUAACUUUAGUAAAGCGUUAGCGAUCCCGACUUUGGGGGCUGCGUAUCCUUUGUUCACGGGACCAGGUAACACGGGCGGCGUCCUCCGCUGCACGGCCUCGUUCCCUUCCUACCUCAAGUCUACCAACCUCGCCACCCCAACCUCCAUCACCAACAGUAACACGCAGUUCGCCUUCGACACCCCCAAGAACUUUUUUGAGCUGUGCCAUGACCCGGCAUAUGCGCCCAUGGGGGCCCAGUUCAACACGCACAUGGGGUCAUAUGCCUUUGGCCGGCCCACGUGGGUGGACGAGGGCUUUUAUCCCAUUGGGGAGCGCCUGCUUGAGGGGUUUGAUGACGAGGAUGAGACGGCGGCGUUGUUGGUAGAUAUUGGCGGGAGUAUCGGGCAUGAUUUGCAGAAAUUCAGGGAUGCGUUUCCGGAAGCGAAGGGAAGACUGGUCCUGCAGGAUCUGGAGCCCGUGGUGGCGCAGGUGAAGGAGACCGAGUUGGAUGCGAGUAUCGAGAGGAUGGCGUAUGACUUUUUGACGGAGCAGCCGGUUAAGGGAGCCCGCGCGUACUACAUGCAUUCGGUCCUGCAUGACUGGCCGGAUCAUCAGUGCGUCCCCAUCCUGGAGAACGUCAAGGCGGCCAUGAAGCCGGGGUACUCGCGCUUGUUGAUCAACGAGAACGUGAUUCCUGACGUGGGCGCAAGCUGGGAGAGCACUUCGUUGGAUAUCAUGAUGUCGUGCUUGGUGUCGUCCAAGGAGAGGACAAAGGAUGAGUGGGUGCAGUUGUUGAAGCGUGAUGCUGGGCUCAAGAUUACCGGGUUCUAUCCGGUUGGGAAUGGCGUGGAAAGCAUCAUUGAGUGUGAGUUGCCAAGUAAAGAGAGUGAGUCGUCGGCCGAGGACACUGAGUCGUCGACGGAUGAGUCUUUGUAACUGUCAUGAUACCAAUCGAAUAGUGUGUUUGUAUGGACUGGAUAUUCUUGCGUCUUGUACCUUU